AUCACUUGUCUUCGAUCGAGAUGUCAAUCCGGAUGGUCUUCCUCCAGCUGCUGCUGUGGACAUGGACAGUGGUGAAGGGUCACUACUACUACGACUACGGCUAUUGGGAGAUCAACGAGCCUCCUCCACUUUGUUCCGACUACGAAAUGCUGGUGGUGAACACCCAUCAGUGCGUGAGGCGCUGCAACAUCGUGUGUCGGGAUCGUGUGUGCUUCGAGGACGGACCCUGUCCGUGUGCAGAUCAGUAUCUUUCGGGGAACCCGGACGGAUUGGUUUGCGCCGCCGAGUGCCUGCCCGGAUGCACGGCGGCAGGUGGCUACUGUGCCGCUCCCGAUCUUUGUGUGUGCCACAAGGACAGACACUACUACUUUGAUCCCCUGUCCCAAAAGUGCCGCCACAGGGCUGCUCGACUGCUGGAUCCCUGCCUCGGGCGCUGCACCCAUGGCACAUGUUCCUCCGACGGACAGUGCAUCUGUGCCCAGGGCUAUGAGCUAAGGUCCAGCUUGCUCCACGGGCAGCAAUGCAUGCCCAUCUGCGAUCAGUGAGUUGGAUUGUCCCUUUAUCAUUCCGCCAGUCUAAUCCCUGAAUAUUCCCCCAGCAAUUGUGGACCCCAAGCCUACUGCUUCGCUCCCAACUUGUGCGCCUGCCGGCACAAGAACCACCAUUAUGCUCACAACGGUAUUUGCUCCAGGGACUAUUGACCUUGGGAAGUCAGCUGCAAGACAAUGGGGCUGUUUUAGGUCUCGCUGACGUCAUCCGGUUGAACUUC